AUGAUACGAUAUUUUAUUCCACGUUACAAAGCAAAGAUAUCGCUAAUACCCAAUCCAAUGGUCAAGUGUUCCGUUUUUCACCGCAUUGGCCAACGACGUAUUGCAAUGAAGGACCAGACACAGUUUUGGUCACUGGAAAACGUCAUUAGUCAGCUAGAGUUCUGGUCAUCACCGGAAGAGCUAGAGUUCUGGUCACCCUGUUCAUUAAUCGAACACAGUUUUGAUUAUCACCGGAAGAUGCAUUGUUCUGAAUGA